UGCCCUCAGUUUUGUCUUGCCACUGAGGUGUGUCUCUGUUUUGGAAACUCGGUGGCCUCCACUCGUUUUAUGCUGCAAGAUGAAUUCAACAUCCAUACAACAAAAUGCGACAAUUGCAUAAUUGGAUUUAUGUUCUGCCUCAACCAAAUCGCUUGCAUUUUCUCUCUUGUCGCUUGCAUUGUUGGAAGUGAUGAACUCUCUGAAGCUUCUCAGCUUCUUUCUUGCUUGGCGGAUAUGGUCUAUUGCACGGUUUGUGUGUGUAUGCAGACACAACACAAGAUUGAGAUGGACAAAAGAGAUGGUUUGAUUAGUUCUCAACCAAUGUCAGUGCCACCGGCUCAGCAAAUGUCUCGCAUUGAUCAACCAGUCCCUCCCUAUGCCGGUUACCCUCCAGCCACUGGUUAUCCCCAGCAUUAUUAUCCACAGCCUGGCCAUGGUUACCCUCCUGGACCGGGCUAUCCACCUCCUGGUCAUGGUUACCCUCCUGCUCCAGGCUAUCCACAUCCUGGACCAGGCUAUCCACCAUCACCGGGUUAUCCGCCAGCACCGGGAUAUCCCUCAAAGCAGGAACCAUAA